AUGGCCGCCACCCGUCGCCGAAAAUUGAUCGGCCACAGGCGGCGGGUUGACGAUGAAGGGGAGGACGAAGGUGGUCUCGACCAGCUCGACCUCGAGGACGACUCGAUGUCUGAGGGGUCCUUUGCCAGUGAUGACAUCGACAACGAGCACGACGCCGACAGUGACACCAGCAACAUCGAUGAAACGUCGCCAGUUGCGCCCAACGCGAAGAAAUCAAAGGCAGCUAGGAAUGGUGUCGCGAAGGCUCCUACCGCCAAAGACCUCGUUCCUGAAGCUCAACCUGAUGGCAAGCCUGCCUCAGACACACACUUGAUGAUGCAUGGCUUGUCUCUCGAAGGCAAGCACAUCGGAGGUGAAGGGGAGCAUUUCGACGAUGCGAUCGAUGUCCUUCCGAAACCCACAUCCAACGGGCCUCUUGUCGUGACUUCCGAUUCGGCCGCGAAACAACCAGCAGAGCCUGUAGGCGACCGUCGCCGGCGGGAGCAUGAAGAGUACAAGCGAAGGCGGGAUGAAGACCCUGCCUUCGUUCCAAACAGAGGGGCUUUCUUCAUGCACGAUCACCGGCACGCCGGUCCAGCCGCGAACGGCUUUCGUCCCUUCGGCCGGGGCCGUGGUCGAGGUCGUGGUGGCAUUGGAGGCCCCUUUGCCCCAGUGCACCAACUCCAACCACCCUCCGACCCUCUGACAAGCGGACAAUGGGCUCACGACAUGCACGAAGUUGUUGUCAAUCCCCAGCCCUCGAGGCCUGUCCGUCAUGCACCCCCCGACGAGGAGGGUCCUCCAAAUGGCAACGGCAUUAUUCCGACCUGUUCCCCGAACCCGACACCGAUCAACAGAACCAUGUCUACCGAGAAGCACGUUGGGAACGUGCAGGUCAGAGUUUCAAUUACACCCGGUAAACCCCCUUCAGCCUUCGCCAUGCCGGUCCGACAAUACACCAAGUUACCCGAUCACAGACCACCCCUACGUCGCGAUAAGCCAGUUCGAAUCUCGCUUCCCGACAACGCGCCAAAGUACAUCUUUCCCGCCGUCGACAGGUCAUUCAUUUUUAUACCAAGAGCGAUGCGUCCCAACCAGCAGCGGACCCGCGGCAAGCCUCGCUCAGGCCUUGGAUCUAUGGGUGGCUUCUCUCGACGCACCAGCGUCUUCGGUGGCAGCUUCUAUGGCAGUGCUUAUUCACCCAGCAUUGCCCUUAGUCGCCGGUCGUCGUUGGCCCCCGACGGUCGCGACUACAUGUUCUCUCCCACCGGAUCUGUGGUCUCGCGCCCACCCAUGCCACUCGACAAUCCACGCCCAGUCGUCCGGCUUCCGCCCGCAGUUCAGCAACCGCAAAUCAGUGUCGAUGGCAUGGUGCCUAUCGAUCAUUUCGUCGGUGUACAAGACGCCUCGCUGAGCGGCAUGCCGCAGCCCCAUACACACCCACUUCCCCAGAAGCCCAUUUUCCAGGAAAACCGACAGCAAUCAAUCCCCAUGCACCAGCCUCGCCCACAGAAGACCGUGUCCGUCGCUGGCAUCGAGUCGCCAACCCUGGACCAGCAGCCCUUCCACCAGGCCUUCCACCAGCAAGUGCCACCACAAGUUUCAAACGGCCUGGGCCCGGAUGGACACUCUCGCCAGCCAUCCUACCCGUCUCAUCUCUCAACCGGUACUCCUUUGUCUCACAUACCCGAACGCGCAAUUCACGCUGCGCCGUUCCAGCCUACUCAUUAUGGCCAGCAGAACUACUAUGGCCAUCAACAGUCGUACGGAAUGAUGCCGCAACAGCCUGGAUACUAUCAACCGCCUGCAUAUAAUGGCGGCGUCAUGCCAUCGCCUGCUUCGGCAGUCCCGUUCAUUCCGGCUUCGCAGCAAGCCCAGAGCCAGAAUUACCCCCAGCAGUCUCAGUACGAACAGCAUGGGCCGGGUGGCAACCCAGGCAUGGUAGCGCAAGAGGUCAACGGCAUGGUCUAUUACUACGAUGCCUCUCAGAUGCCGCCGUCGAACAACUACCAGGGAUAUCAGGGUCCUCCAGUCUAUGGUGCGGGUGUUCCGGGGAUGGCAGGAAUGGUCACCCCGAGCCCAGACGGCUUCUUCUAUCCCCAGCAAGCACCUGGUAUGGUAUACUAUCCCCAGUAG